AUGAAUCCAAAUGAAGCCCCAACUGACAAUGAAGCAGAUCAGAUUAGAUUAAAUUAGAAUGAAUCUUUCGAUAUUUAUUUCAGCUCCUCUCCGCCUUGCCUGCUUCAGACUUCUCGUCCUAGCAUCGGUCUGCACUGACAUCCUUUUCAUUCAUUUGACGUCACUCAAAAUAUGGUAGCGUCUCCAUCUCUCAGGGAACGCACCCAGCUACGUCCUUGGACAACUACUAUGUCAAUAUGAUCUAUCUGAGGAUGGAAGAUAGGAAAUGACCCUAAUCCUUCUUUUGGUACCCAUUAACCUUCUCACCCAGAGGCGGGAAGUUUUCUUAUGGACUCUAGUCUAUCUGUUUAUGGGUCGAGAUAAAAUCUCUUUCAUGGUCUCAACUAAGGAGAGAAAACCCAUCCUGAAAAAAAAUUCCAGGCCCCGAACCCUCUUAGACCCUAAAACCCCGAUGGUAUGGGAUAAGGGCUGGUGGGACAAGUCACCAUUUUAUUUAUUUACAAUGAAUCAGAAGAAGAGAAGGUUCAGGCAGAUCAAUGAUUUAACAGUAUAAGGCAGCAGCUAAAAGUUGAAACUCAUAAUAAAACUCUAUUAUACAGCUAUGAUUUUCUAUUAGAUAAGCCAUUACAAAACAAAAAUCAAAGAUUCAACUGAAUUUCUGCUCAAAACUCGCCUGAUUUUCCAAAAGAACUCCCAGCCAGACCAUCAUCUGCUUCAAACUGUCGGUCUUCAUAUUCAACAUGUCCAACUUUGGAUUAUGAACUCAUAGAUACUCUUCCCAGUUUAUGAAUUUUUCUAUAAAUAUUAGACUAUUUAUAAGACUAAAAAGCUUUCUUCUAAAGAAAAAUACUUAUACAGCUUAAAAUAUUAAUGAUGGCUUAUAUGCUAUACUUUACCUGAUUUCCUAUCAAGAGAUACACUGAUUUCAUUGCAAGCAAAUCCAUUAGAAAAUACAAGAAGCACUAUCCAAUUUUGCUUGAGAGGAGGCAGGGAGUCUUGGACUCCUGAAAGCCAAUCGGCUAAGUGGAUAAAUCAAAGGCCAGGAAGUGCGCCAUAA